CUAUCGCAUAUUUACAAUAGUCAAAAUGUCAAUUGUCUAUCCUCUCACCCUUCUCUCUUGUACGAGAAUCAUCCGGAAGCAUCAGACUUUAGACGAAGGCAGACACGACGUAAUAUAUAUACACGUCAUUGGCGUCAUCUUUUCUCUCUCUCUCUCUCUCUCUCUCUCUCUCUCUCUUUCUCUUUCUCUCUCUUUCUUUCUCUUUCUCUUUCUCUUUCUCUUUCUCGUUCCCUCGCUCUCGCUUCGUGCAUUGCAUUGUACGUACGCGUGCGUCCGUAGUACGUUAAACAGUGCGUAGUUGGAAGCGUUAUUUGUUUUUUUGUUCUGACAUAGUGCGACUUGCAAACUUAUGUUGUGUCGAUCUAUAUUGUGAUUUCUUGGAAACGUCGUCCGCUACCCAGGGGCGUUACGCAUCCAUGUUGUAACUGGAUUAUGCACCAGCUUUCGCUGAACAUUCUCACUGUUUUUCAGUUUGUAAAUGCUACAAUAUGCCACCUAAACAGAGAAAAAUAGCUAUUAUGGGCUAUAGAUCCGUAGGUAAAUCAUCGCUUAGUAUACAGUUUGUCGAGGGACAAUUUGUGGAUUCAUAUGAUCCUACAAUAGAAAAUACAUUUACAAAAAGUACACGAGUAAAUAGUCAAGAUUAUGAACUUAAAUUAGUAGACACAGCUGGUCAAGAUGAAUAUAGCAUAUUUCCUACUCAGUAUUCCAUGGACAUCCAUGGUUAUGUCCUGGUAUACAGCAUAACUAGUGCGAAGAGUUUUGAAAUUGUACAAAUUAUUUAUGACAAACUACUUGACAUUACUGGAAAGCUUCACGUUCCAAUUGUAUUAGUGGGCAACAAAACAGAUUUGUACGUUGAUCGUAUGAUCACAACAGACCAAGGAAAGCGCUUAGCAAAUUCCUGGAAUGCAGCAUUUCUAGAAACCAGUGCAAAACAAAAUGAGUCUGUUGCAGAUAUUUUUCACACAUUGCUGAUGGAGAUUGAAAAAGCUAAUGGAAAUGUACAAGAAAAAUCGAAUUGCAUUAUUUGUUGAAUUGCCUGAAAUAAUGGCAUUAACAGAAAUGUAAAUGUGUAAAACUGGGUAAAAACAUUGGCAUUA